AUGGUCUCCAAUUUCCCCAAAGAAACCCCCCUGGGGGCCCUCCCCCCGGACCAGCUCCUCAGAACCCUCAGGUCCCUGCACACAGCCAAACAAGGGCUGCUGCAGCUGCUAGUUGAAGUGACAGCUGAAAAGGAGACUCUGCUGCAGCAAAGGAGACAGCUGAGGGAGGAAGAGAAGCAGCUGCAGCAGCAGCUCGAGUGA